CUGUCCUAGUUUCCGUACAUAUUUUUUAAACAAGUUUGUGUUUUUUCUAGCCACACAAGAGCAACAAAGGCAGAGAUAUUUAAUGCAAAUACACACCGAAAACCAGGAGGGGAAAGAGCGGGAAAGGGAAAGGGGUAGCGAAAACAUUGUCCAAAAGCUAAUUACCAAACAAACGAAACUCGAUUGAAUCGAUUGAUUUUCGAUUCGUGUCCAGAUAAGCAACCAUUGCCUCGAUAAAGAUUUGUUAUCACUGAAAACAGAGGCGCAAUCGCAGUCACCCAACCGCCCCUCCCCUUUUCCACCAUGCGCAGUGGCGAGUCGACGGUGAUUGGAUUGCCGAGUGGCCCACUCUUGAGUGGGAGGAGCCUCCCCUCCGAGAACCCCCCAAUUGGUGGCCCCUCUUGGAGGGGGUGGUGGGUGGUAGCGCCCCAUCAUGUUGUGUGUGCUGAAGCAGCACAGACAUAUGCCAAAAAGAGCAUUAAAAAAGUAGGUGGCAGAGCUGCGGCUGAUAGCACACAUUCCAGAGCCAUGUUCUGGGCGGAGCCAAGCGCUUGGGACCGCGUCGUGCAAAUCAAGCUUUCAAUAUCCACUAAUACUCUGUCUGGAAAACUCGACUUUUGCACGGAUGGAUUUACAGAGAUCAUACUUGAGAAAAUAUGGAUCUGAAUAUCCCAUGCAAAUAAAAUUGGAGCAAGCACCCAUUCGAUUAUUAGGAUCUAUAUUUAGACUUGGAAAGUUGAUUGCACGCAUUAAUUGGCCCAGGCAGCAGCUACAGGCCAGAUAAUUAACAAGUUCCAUUGUCAAAAGUGUCAAAGCGGUUACUUGAAAAGCCAAUCAGCUCCAGCUCCAACUACGGCUGCAACUCCGGCUGCAUUUGUUUGGAUCCCACGCCUCCGCAGGGAGCGCUACUAAAGUAUCUGAACCUCAAACUGUGAGCUCGUUGUGUAAUUAAGCCAACCACAACAACAGCAAAUGGGAAGACGGACUGAGGGAUUGAGGGAUUGAGGGAUUGAGGCACCCGCACAAAAGCCAAGCUGGCGAUGAUGUCAUAUGUGCAUGGGCCAUGGGAGGAGAAGUGUGUGUGUACUAUUUGCAGCCACUGUUAGAUGAUCAACGGCUGAUGUUAUUGUGGCGGCCAAAGUGGGAAUCCGAAUUCAUGUGCUCAUUAAUUUAGCCAGCGAGGCAGCAGAGCCAACCAAUACAUGCAGAUGCAGCCAAUGCCGAUGUCUCCUUCGCUCCACGGGUGUAAUGUGCACACACACUCGGAUACGUUUGUAUCUCAUGGAUAAUUGUCUGGGCCGGAGUAUCUGUUGCGUUGCUGCCCCCGGAAUCUAGACAGUGUGGCCAAUUUAGUCUGCUUUGGCAAAUCAAUUAAAUUCAAUUAAUCCCCCAACACUCUUAAUGGAACGUAAUGAAAAGGGUGACAUGACUGCGAUGCGACUACAGAUCCAGAUACAGAUACAGCUACAGAUACAGCUACAGAUACAGCUACAGAUACUGAUAGAGCCAUAGGAACGGCUCGCCAACGGCAACGGAUACAUGACGUUCCGGACACCAAUGCCAGGCCAGGCCGGACCGGAUCGGAGCAGACUGGUGACGGAGAUGGAGUCGGGCCGGGUUUGAUUGAGGGAAAAAAUCGCAUGACUGAAACGAUUUGAGCUUGACACCCUCCACAACAAGAAAUCUUAUAGAUACAUAUUUUGCGGAAGUAGGACCAAUAAUCCUAGCUAACUGCCCAAAUUUUAACAAAAUGCCAAGUUUAUUGAAUGAGUAUAAUUAGCUAAUUGUGUAAGAAAGUGAUAAUGUGUG